AGGCGCGCGCGCUCCGGCAGAAAAUACAAAGGCUUCUUCUGAGUGGAGAGGCCGCUCCUGAGGCGGGGACUGCAGCCGUCGAGGGGCGGGCCGGGGGCGGGCGCUGGAGCCGCAGCAGGCAGGCAGAGCGACGGCGUCGGCGGCAGGAGAAGGCGGAGGGAGCCGUUCUUCGGUGCGCACCGGUAUGGAGGCGGCGGCGAGGAGGAGGACGGGGGCGGCGACGCUGGCGGGGCGGUGACCGGGGCCGUCGGGCGGCGGCGAUGCGCCCGCCCCGGCCAUGGAGGAGCGCUGGCACCGGGGGCUGGCGGCGCUGGUGAUGCUGCUGCUCUUCGGGGGGCUCGUGCUGCAGUACGUGUGCCCGGGUAGCGAGUGCCAGCUGCGGCAGCGCCUGGCCGAGGCCGCCCCGUCCGCCCUGCUGGCGCGCCAGGCCGGCCAGGGAGGGGACCCUUACCGGGCGGAGGACGAGAGUCCUCCGCGCUUCGUGCCGCGCCUGAACUUCUCGGAAGCCGACCUGCUGCGCCGCGUGGACUUCCACAUCGCUGGCGACGACCUGAUCGUUUUCCUGCACAUCCAGAAGACGGGCGGCACCACCUUCGGGCGCCACCUGGUGCGCAACAUCCAGCUGGAGCAACCUUGCGAGUGCAAGGCCGGGCAGAAAAAGUGCACCUGCCUCCGGCCGGGCAAACGAGAGACCUGGCUCUUCUCCCGCUUCUCCACUGGCUGGAGCUGCGGGCUCCACGCCGACUGGACCGAGCUGACCAACUGCGUCCCGGCCGUGGUGGACAGCAAAAAGGACGCCAAGCUGCGCCCCACCAGAAACUUCUACUACAUCACGAUCCUCCGGGACCCGGUGUCUCGGUACUUGAGUGAAUGGAGGCAUGUCCAAAGGGGAGCAACCUGGAAAGCGUCAUUGCAUGUCUGCGACGGGAGAUCCCCGACUUCCGAAGAGCUGCCCAGCUGUUACUCGGGGGAUGACUGGUCUGGCUGCUCCUUGCAGGAGUUCAUGGACUGUCCGUACAAUCUUGCCAACAACCGCCAGGUCCGCAUGCUGGCUGACCUCAGCCUAGUGGGAUGCUACAAUUUGUCCGUCAUGCCAGAAGAGCAACGGAACAAGGUUCUUCUGGACAGUGCCAAGGAGAACCUGAAGCGGAUGGCCUUCUUUGGCCUGACAGAGUUUCAGAGGAAGACUCAGUACCUCUUUGAGAAGACGUUUAACAUGGUCUUCAUCUCCCCGUUCACACAGUACAAUAGCACACGAGCCUCCAGUGUGGACAUUGAUGAAGAGACCCAGAAGCACAUCGAGGUUCUCAAUUUUUUAGACAUGGAACUGUACGAAUAUGCAAAAGAUCUUUUCCUGCAACGUUAUCAGUAUAUGAGGCAGAAGGAGCACCAGGAGGCAAGGCGGAAGCGCCAGGAGCAACGGAAGAUCUGGAGAGCUAAGCAGGUCCACAGCAAGGAGCAGAGCAGCACAAAUGCAACAACUGACUACAUUGGGAGUGUGGAGCAGUGGCGAUAAUAACAGGGGGCAAGGUGUGUUUUUAGGGAGAUCCAGAUUUGAAAAGCCAGGGCAGGGUUGCAAAAUAGAGAGGAAGGACGAAGCAGCCAAGCAAAUUUCUGCUCCUUUGAGGGCUGGGGAACAGAUGCAAGGCUUCUGGCCUGUGGCCUUUGCCAAUGGUUUGUGCAUUAAAUGUCGUGACCAGUGUAGGUUAACCUCACCUCUGUGUGUCUCAGAUCUGUCCCUUUCUAAAAACAACAAACCAUGCUUGCCUGUUUAAGCAGUCAUUUUUCGGAAAUGAUUGCUUGGGCAAAACCAAACAAAAACUGAUCAACGUGGUUAAA